GAGCAUGGAAGGACGCCCAGCUCGCUUCCCGUGUCCCUACUGUAACAAGGAGUUUGACUUCGCAAGUUCCCUAGAGCGGCAUCUUCGAGUACACACUGGCGAAAAGCCUUUUGCUUGCCCGCUCUGCCCCUACCGCACAGCCCAGCGAUAUAACCUUGAGCGACACAAACGCACCCAUGAAAAUAAGAUGCCUGUGUUACAUUCAGUGAUAAAUUCUUCAAAAUGAGUGGAAGUGGAUAUCAGUCAGUGCAUGUAAAAAGAAAAUGAAAGAAUAAAUAUUAUUUUUUUAAUAUUCUUAUAUGUGCAUGCAACAGGCAUGUGAGCACAUAGCUAUCCCUAUAUAGACAUUCACUUACAUUCACACACGCACAUAAAAAAUCUUUAACAAGAUUAUGUUAGUAAAUAGUUCAUUUAGUCAUAUUUUGAGCUGGUUUUAUUUUAUGCUCUACAUUAGAAUAAGAUCAGUAUUUCCAUCCACUAAAAGAAAGCCUUGCUAUGUUUGACUGAACUAAUUUGAAAUAAUGUACAUGUAUGCAUACAUAUACAUAGGUAAUUUUUUGAUAGGUAAUUUUAUUGAUAUUUCUAACUCCACAAACAAUCCUCAUGAAAAUAUAAAGUAUCACAUCAGUUUGUACAUUAUUAUUUUUAGUUGAAUAAAUUGGUAGCAUUGUUUAUAUAAUUAUUGAAUCAAUAUUUAAAUUACUUUGGUAUAAAAAAUAAGAAAUAUAUGUUUUUUUGUUUUUAUAGUUAUUGAUGCAACAUUUAAAUUACUUUGGUAUAAAAAAUAAGAAAUAUAUGAUUUUUAUAAAUCUUAGUAAUAUUCAUACUGUGAUUUUCACAAAAUGGUGUAACCAAAUGAUCAGUAUGAAUGCUAAUACAUUGUGGACACGGAUAGAUAUAACUUAUCCUGCUAUUUAAUUAAUAGUGGAAUAAGCUUUAUAUGACAAAAUUAAUGUGUUUUAGAAUGUAGAGGGACUUGUUUCAUAUGCUUUAGAAGGGAGAGGUGUGUUUAAUUACUUUUUUCUAUCUGUACAAAGUCAAGGUGUGAGUUUUAAACACUGUAUUAAAAGUCCUUUCUUUGUGUUGAUAUUAGGCACUCCAUACCAGAUAGGUAAUUAUUUUAAUUUUAUAUAGUGAGAGGCCAGGUUGUGUUAAUGGAAUGCCUUAGCAAAUUUAAUACAGUAUACCUCAUCCUUCUUUGAGUACCUUGAAAAUAGUGUAGAGAAAGGGUAAUGUUUUAGUUACAAAUUAGUAUUGACCAGAGCUUCAAAUAUUUUCUUGGUAUCUAUGAUAUAUAAAACAUCCAUUAUUUGAUAUAUGAUUGUUUCUUAUGAUGACAGUAGUACCAAAUCAAAGUUAUGCCUCUGAAA